UCACCUCUGCACCUCCAGCUUCAUCCUAGUGGCUGCUCCCCACCCUGGGCUGGUCGGAUGUGGCCCCCAAUCUCUUCUCUCAUCAAGAAUGGGCACAGCUGUCUCCAAGAAGAAGGCACUGAGGAAUGACACCAUCUCUCAUGUAGCAGCCAAAGUUAGAGCAGCGAGGGCCUUUGGAGAAUACUUGUCACAGACUCAUCCGGACAGCCAGAACGGCUCAGACCACCUCCUUGUCCAAGAAGAUUCACCAGAAAUGCUCCAAGCCUCUCAGAACAAGCGUCGUCUCUCUGCUAUCUCUGACAGCAAGUUGGAACGAAGCUUCUCUGAGGAACGCGGGGAGAAGUUGACCAGUGACGGACCAAAGCCUCAUGUGUACACCAUCUCCGGAGAGAGGCCAAUGUUGUCCGACCACGAGAGUGACAGCAUGGAGCUGGUGGUGAUGAAGACCGAGCAGGGCGAAAGACAUCACCACCAUCACUCCCAUCAUCAUCAUCAUCAUCAUCAUCCCCUGCAAAACUCAGGCAGCGCUCACAACAUUACAAGGCCUUGUAAAAGUUGGUCAGGGAGCCGACAGAACUCCAAAGAGUGCCCGAAUUGUGCCAAACUCACUGUGCCAGCACAGCACUCAUUUGAUCUAGAACAACAUCAAUCCAACGAGUCUGGAUGGCGCAAGAAAAAGCUGGAACGUAUGUACAGCAUCGAUAGAGUAUCUGAUGACGUUCCUGCCCGGACCUGGUUACCCAAGGAAAAUCUCUUCACCUUUCAGACUGCCACCACAACUAUGCAAGCGAAUUUCCGCAAACACUUACGGAUGGUGGGAAGCCGGAGGAUGAAAGCUCAGACCUUCGCUGACCGAAGAGAAAGAAGCUUCAGCAGGUCCUGGAGCGACCCCACCCCAAUGAAAGCCGACUCCAUUCACGACUCCAGAGAAAGCCAUGAUUUGCAGAAUUCCUGCACCGCUCUGGAUGAAGAAUGUGAGGACCUGAACUGGGAGUCAGAAAGAGAAAUGGAAGUUCUGUCCUGUGAAGGAGAAGAAUUUAUUCCACCCAAGAUCAUGCUAAUAUCAUCCAAAGUUCCUAAAGCAGAAUAUAUUCCGACCAUAAUCCGGAGAGAUGACCCCUCUAUCAUCCCCAUUCUCUAUGAUCAUGAACAUGCUACAUUUGAUGACAUUUUAGAGGAAGUUGAGAAAAAGCUGAAUGUAUAUAGGAAGGGCUGCAAGAUCUGGGAAAUGCUUAUAUUCUGCCAGGGAGGACCCGGCUACCUCUACCUUUUGAAGAAUAAGGUCGCUACUUUUGCCAAAGUGGAGAAGGAGGAGGAUCUUAUUCUAUUUUGGAAAAGACUGAGUAAACUGAUGAGCAAAAUUAAUCCAGAACCCAAUGUGAUACACAUUAUGGGGUGCUACGUGCUGGGGAACCCCAAUGGAGAGAAGCUUUUCCGGAAUUUGAAGAACCUAAUGAGUCCACACCAGAUCGAAUUCAAGUCCCCCCUUGAGUUAUCAGCACAAGGAAAGCAAUUGAUCGAAAGAUAUUUCGAUUUCCGAUUAUAUCGUCUCUGGAAGACUCGCCAACACUCCAGCUGCUGGAUUACGAGACAUUUUAUGAGCCUGCCACAAUGCUGCCAUCUAAGGAGUACUUUCUUUUUUCAAGGGGGCUGAAGAGUCUACUGGAUCUUCUCCCCACACACCCCUGCCAUGGAGAGUGGAGCACAGGGGAAAACUGAAGAAGUUGUAAGGUACAGAGGGGCCGAGCCGACGGCUGGCAAAUCUUACAAAAGGAGUUGGAAGAAGGCUUGAGAAGUUUUAGCAUGUAGAGAGAUGAGAACGAGAAGACGUCUUCAUUCUGAGCUUCACCAAUUCAGGGCAAACGCUAACCAAGAAACGCCGGGUCCUCUCUUUUUUAUUUUUUUUCCCCCCGAGGCCCUUUUGAACUUAAGCUCAGGUUUUUAUUAAGACAAUAAACACUUUCUUCGCACUAGAGAGCAAGGAUCCCGUCGAGCCUUCAAAACCCACAGUGAACUUUUUGUAGCAAAACCCAGGUGACUUUUAUACUUCGUGGGAUGGAAGCCGAGAACGGCGCGAAGGAAGGCCGUGUGGCCCGUUCUGCCUGCGAGGCUGCGGGAAGUAGUAUUAUUGAGGGAUUAUCUAUAUAGGACAUAUAUGUAUAUCUAUUAGUGGGGUUUUAGAUUAUCCACGUGGGGUGACUUAGAAUUUAAGUGCAAUUUCAUUUUUAACCAAGCAAAUAGCGAUAUCUAAUCAUGACACAAGUGCAACGGCCUUUGAGCCGUCUUGCACGGUUGUAGUGACAGCGCGGGACACUUUAGCGCAACAUCAUUUUUUUUUUUUUUGUCUAGACGUGUAGAUCACCAGCAAAUAAGUGUUGUUACUCUCCUGCCGAUUCCGUGCAUAUACUCACGUGUACUCCGUGCCGGGUAGUCAUCUUCUAGGUAGCCGGUUCAUUAUCUAGGCUCGGCUCCAGUUAGCACUUGAUAAUUAAUCGUCAUGUGAACAUAGUAGAAACUAUGUACAGUAGGCAUAGCUGUAAUCAAUAUACAUUUACUUAUUAUAUAUAUCGGGGGAGACUAGCCAUUGGGGUGAGCGACAGGGUUGAGUGAUGCCGGUUGUGGCGCUCGCUGAUGGUCCACAUGAAGGCCUGGUUUGCAUUGGCAUCCUCUUCCCUAG